UGUCAGAAGUGACUCAGUUAUGGCUGCAUGCACCUGGAGAAAGCAGGGCUAACGUUCACACACCUCUUGAGUCAAAACUGGCGGUGAAGCUGGAUGAAUGGUGCAAUGUUUAAGCGUAAGCAGCCUCUGUUUGAUGGAUACGGAGAUCAGUCUCUCCACCUUAGGAAGAGACGUCUGAGAGACAGGUCCCACAGAGGAAUACAGCAUGAGAGGUUGACGGAAAACUGUGGUGACCAACGUGCAUGUGAAGGUCAAGCGAAGAGGAGGACGCAUGACCUGACCGAUACCACGGGGAUGUCGUCCUGGGCUGACACACAAAACUCUGUGAAGACGGUUUUGGAGCAUCUCAACUCCAAACAAGCCAUCAGUGAUCUCUUCAUAGACGACUCGGUGAACAGAAAGUUUUUAUCAUUUCGCCGUGACAUCACUGGCGAAUGUGGCAUAGAGGAUAAGCAGCACUCGUGGGCGGUCAUCGAGAAACAGGACGAGCUCAUCAUGUACGGGCCGUAUUACCCCAACUACGACAACGGGGAACACAGCGAGGACGCCGUCGUAAAACAAACACAGGAACUCCUAGACACAGGGGGUGCUUGUGAAGACUGGGAGGUGUAUGUUUUCUCAAUGAACAGCCCGUGUUUGGCCAGAAACACUAAGCCGUGCAUGUUAAACCUGGUGCAUAAGGCCCAGGAGUGGUGGAGCGUGUAUGGAGUCAAGACUCAUAUUGGCUACAUGAGAUGCUGGGGCUUUAAAGGAAUCAAGGAAAACCUAUUCAAGGAUAUCAGCUACGGACAGGUGGAAUGUAUUAAUCAAAGUGUGGACUAUGAAAGCUACAUUAAAGCAGCUGAGAGGAGCCCUGAUCUUAACCCUUUGUGUGAAGCUGUGUUUUCUGUUGCUCAGCACCUGCUGAGAUCUGGACGAGAAAGCGUCAUUUUGGCAACAGCUAUGGAGAAGCAGGAAAUGAAGAGUUACUUCAAAAGUAUGAGCACCCACUUUGAAUGCAAAGGAGAGAAUGAGAGGAAGCUCUUGACAGAGGAAGUGGGCACGCUGGUUGAAGCCGCGGGCGUUCUGCUUUCAGGGAAAAGUGAAAGUUAUGAAGAAUAUUUAGAAAGAGAAAGAGCCUUCACGCGCGGUUAUACUUUUAGUUCCCAGGUAUGUGACGCCGCAAAGGACGAAAUGAGACUCAUAUUUCAAAAGCGCUGGAGGGAACUGGUACAGGACAAGUAUGCAGAGGUUGUGAGAGAGAGACUGACUGACGACUUUAAUCAAUGCACUGUCCAGCUUUUUAUCAAGGAUAUUCUGAAAUUCAUAGGAGUCUAUUUAAAAAUUGGAAAACUGCAGUUUGAAGAUGCAGAAGCCGUCUGAGGAAGUUUUGCAAAUAUUGAAAAUCACCAUAUAUUGGCAAGAAUACAAAAGACACCAGAUUUACAUCCCAUAACUUACUUACAUGACAUCAAAAUGCUUUAUCUUUUUUGCUUUCAGGCCAGUAUAUCACAAAUGAUGUAGUACAUAAUAAUGCUGGAGUGGAGUUGUUGUUUUUUUCAUAUAAACGCAUAAAUUUUUUCUUUUUUUUUUUACAUUUUUGUAAUUACAUGUGGUUUUAUCCAACAUUGUUACCUCCAUGCUUGUCACAAGCAAAUUAAAAGUAUUUCUAAUAUACUGUACAGUUUGUAUCCUUUAUACAGCUUAUCAAACAACUCUGGUGAUAGAUAAUAAUUGUAUGAUAACAAGGUUUAACAGUAGAGUCUGUGAUAAUAAAAACUAGUGGGGUCGAUUUGGAAAAAUCCCAUUAGUAUAAAAAAAAAAAAA